AUGCCUUUAACUUCUCUACGGAAGCGGAAGAUAGCAACCUCCAUCUCACAAAGCUCCGACGAAGAUUUAAUACCGUCACAGCUGCCUGCGAUAGAUGAUUAUGAUGCUCCAAAAAAAUCUACCAAAGUAUAUCGAAAAUUAGAGGUCGAGUGGAAUUACCGACUAGCAUUGAUCAUAAUAACAACUCUCUCAUUCGUAACGAGAUUUUGGGGCAUAAGUCAUCCCAACGAAGUUGUGUUCGAUGAAGUUCACUUUGGCAAGUUUGCAUCUUAUUACCUCCAGCGUAUAUACUUCUUCGACGUUCAUCCUCCACUGGGAAAGCUUCUAUUUGCCCUGAUGGGCUGGUUUGUCGGGUACGACGGUAAUUUUCAUUUUGAAGAUAUCGGGCUCUCAUAUGUUACGAACAAAGUUCCAUAUGUCGCAUACCGCGCAAUGCCGGCAUUCUUAGGAGCAUUGACAGUGCCUGUGGUAUUCAACAUCAUGUGGGAAUCUGGCUAUAGCCUUCCGGCUUGUAUUCUCUCUGCCUGUCUAAUCCUUUUUGACAAUGCUCACAUUGGCCAAACACGCCUGAUACUCUUAGACGCUAUACUUGUCUUUGCAAUGGCAUGUAGUCUUCUAUGUUACAUCAAAUUCUACAAACAAAGACAUGCGCCAUUCGAAAGGAAGUGGUGGAAGUGGCUUCUCCUGACAGGCUUUUCACUAAGUUGCGUCAUUUCAACUAAGUAUGUCGGUCUCUUCGCAUUUGUUACGAUUGGCUCUGCUGUUGCCAUUGAUUUAUGGAGUCUCCUUGAUGUCAACCGUCGACAAGGAGCGCUCACUAUACCCGAAUUUGCUGCACACUUUGCCGCCAGGGCUCUCGCCCUCAUUAUUGUCCCAUUUUUCUUUUAUUUGAUGUGGUUUCAAGUUCAUUUUGCGAUACUGUACCGAUCGGGUCCUGGCGAUGACUUCAUGUCUCCAUCAUUCCAGGAAACUCUUAGUGAGAACACCAUGACUGCUAAAGCUGUGAUUGUCAAUUACUAUGACCAGGUACAAAUUAAACACAAAGAAACUGGUGCAUAUCUCCACAGUCAUCCGGAUCGUUACCCUUUGCGAUAUGAUGAUGGACGGAUAUCAAGUCAAGGACAACAGGUCACUGGGUAUCCGUACUCAGACGCCAACAAUCACUGGCAAAUAAUUCCUCAAGAUGGUGACACUUCCCUUGAACGCCCCGUCAAAAAUAGUGAAAUUGUCCGCCUGAGACACGUUGCUACUAACACUAUGCUUUUAUCCCAUGAUGUUGCGUCGCCAUACUACCCAACCAAUCAAGAAUUUACUACAGUUUCGAUCGAUGAAGCGAAAAGCCAUCGCUUCAAUGACACUCUUUUCGAAAUAAGAAUUGAGCAUGGAAAGUCGAGUCAAGAGCUCAAGAGCUUCUCUGGCCAUUUUAAGCUCAUUCAUUUUCCUAACAAGGUUGCCAUGUGGACUCACUCCAAACCCCUUCCAGAUUGGGCUUACAAACAACAAGAAAUCAAUGGCAACAAAAACGUCGUCCAAGUUUCUAAUGUAUGGUACAUUGAUGAAAUACCAUCUAUCCCUGCCGAAAGUAAGCGGUUGCAGAAACAAGUGCGCACGGUUAAAACCUUACCUUUUCUUCAAAAGUGGUUUGAGCUUCAGCGUGCUAUGUUUUUCCAUAACAAUGCUCUAACUAGCAGUCACCCCUAUGCCAGUGAACCGAUUAUAUGGCCAUUUUUGCUGAGAGGAGUGAGCUUCUGGACCAAAGAGAGCACCCGUCAGCAAAUUUACUUUCUUGGGAAUCCAAUUGGAUGGUGGCUUGUAGGAAGUCUUCUUGCAGUUUUUGCUGGAAUAAUUGGGGCAGACCAGCUCUCCUUGCGCCGCGGUAUCGAUGCAUUGGACGUUCGAACUCGAAUGCGUAUGUACAACUCAACCGGAUUCUUCUUCCUGGCUUGGGCUACGCACUAUUUACCAUUCUACCUCAUGGGCCGUCAAUUGUUCCUUCAUCACUAUUUACCUGCUCACCUUGCGUCAACGCUAGUCACAGGAGGAUUAUUUGAAUUUAUUUUCAACGCAGAGCCUGUCGAAGCAAACACUAUUGAUAUUCCGCCACCUGAAGCUGAGUCAGAAAUAAUAACCGAUUCAUCAAGUAAAUAUGGGGGAAAAAGUAAGCCAAAUCGUAAGAUUACCGUUGGUAAACAUCUGCCGACACGAAUAAAGCUAUCUAACCAAAACCCAUCAUCAUCAUGGAUCGGAUUAGGAGUUAUACUGAUUCUCAUCAUAUUUGGCUGGUAUUUUUUCCUUCCACUUACAUAUGGGUACCCUGGCUUGUCUGUUGAUCAAGUCCUUGCUAGGAGAUGGCUGUCUUACGAUCUUCACUUUGCCAAGUAG